AAGAGAAGUAGUCAGAGAACUGAGCCCUGAGGGACCCCAGUAGCUAUAACUAGUCUUACGAACUAGUUUGACCAACUAGCAGUUAGCCAAGGGCUCAGUCUGUCUUUUCAGAUUCAAAUGAGACCAAUUUACUUUUUUUGUAACUGAUUUUAAAAGAAAAAAGAAUAAAUUCCGCACACUAUCUGCACUUGCAGAUGUUUCAAAAUUAAAAUGUAUGUUGGUCAUCUUCCAAACUGAGAUUGUGACUGGUGAGGCAUCAUCAGUUCUCUCUAUGCUGCCCCCCAAUGGACGAAUCCGGAACUACCUGGAAAGUUCAUGAACUUGCUGGUGCUGAUGACACACAGUAUAAAGCUGAGAGACUCCCAGAACUGGAGUCAAAUCUAAAAGCCUUACGACGCCACCAGAGAGACAACUCGACUGAGGAGCAAAACUAAAAGCCAUUGAAAAUGUUGAGCCUGCAUGGAUUCCAGCCUUCCCUCAGCUCAUUCAUGGGAAUGGACUGGCCAGUGCGCAGUCUCUGGCCGGAGAUCACAUCUCUUUACAGACACGGAGAGGAACUGCAGGAGCUGAAGAGAAGCCUGGAGCAGCUGGAGAAACUUCAGGAUAAGAUCCUUGAGGAGAUCCAACUGAUGCCACCCUCACGGGAGAUCUACCCAGUGGCCUGCACAAUGGAGAAAGAGGGAAGCGGCUUUGCUUUGACGCUGGACACUAAAGACUUUUCCCCAGAAGAACUGUCAGUCAGACAGGUGGGCAGGAAGCUGCAUGUCAGCGGAAAGAGUGAGAAGAAGCAGGAGGAUGGGAAGGGCUCGUACUCUUUCAGAACCCAAGAGUUCAGGCGGGUGUUUGAUCUUCCUCAAGGAGUGAAUCCUGAGGCGGUGACCUGCUCCAUGGCUGAUGGAAAGCUCUAUAUACAGGCACCAGUAAAUCAGCCGUCAGAUGCCGCUGAGAGGAUGCUGCCCAUUGACUGUCAAACUGUGAAGACAACGCAGCCGGAGACAGCCGACACCAGCACCACCCAGACGACACUCAACAAUCCUGAAAGCACUGAGCACAGAGUACAACCCUCUGCUGGACAAUCUUAAAUAAUGAUGUUUUGUUUUAUUUAAAAACAUUGUGUUGUACUUAAUUGUUUUCUAGUCUUUAAGUAAUACAAAUGAACAAAAAGAUGGAUUUUUUAUAUUGAAUAUAUACAUGGAAUUAAAUAAAAUAAGAACAGCAAAAAAUGACAUUUUCCAUUUUUUCUGUCCUCUCUAAAUUGUAAUUAAGUAUUGUAGAAUAAAAUCUCCAGAAUUCUUCAAAAAAAAAAAAAAAAGAGUAAAUACUGAUUUGAAACAAGUAUAAGAGCUACAAAGACAAUUUACAAAUGUCACCAUAAAAUGUUCAUGAACUUGCUAACAUUUGGAAGACAGGAAAAAAUAUCAAACACCAGCAGCUCUGAGGCCAGUUGCAUAAACAUAGCCACUUUAUUAAGACUGUCUUACAUUUACAUUUGCAUGUCGUCUUUUAGCAGACGCUUUUAUUCAAAGUGACUUACUGUACAGAUGAGUACAACAGAAGCAAUCAAAACCGACAAAAAGCAAUGAUACAUGUAAGUUUAUGACAAGUCUUGCUUAUUCUUACAAAGUAUACAUAGCAAAGAUUUAUUUAUUUUUUAAAAAAAGGAAAAGAAAACAAGUCAAAAGAAUAUCCUGUCUUGGCAAGUUUGAAGUUGACGUUGAUGCUUCUUCAUCCAGCAAGAAAUGUCUGUUAGACAUGCUGAGAUGUGAGCAGCUGUCUUCAGGUCAUUAGGAUGGAAAUCAGCAUAGCAGUGAUAUGAAAAGCCAUGUUUCUGAGUGACAGAACCUCAUGAUGUCAUGUAGACAGAGAAGAGAAGUAGUCAGAGAACUGAGCCCUGAGGGACCCCAGUAGCUAUAACUAGUCUUACGAACUAGUUUGACCAACUAGCAGUUAGCCAAGGGCUCAGUCUGUCUUUUCAGAUUCAAAUGAGACCAAUUUACUUUUUUU